AUGGAUGAAACAAGAAAUAAUUAUUGCCUGGAAGUUGAACCUUCCAAAUGGUCACUCCCUAAUUUUCUAGAAUGGAGAUUUGAUUUUUAUGAUUUUUCUAGCAGGAAAAUUGAAAAUAUUAAUUGGAAGAAACAACUUAAAAAAAUUAUUGUGAAUAAAAACAACUUAUAUGAUGAAUCCAUGUUGAAUAAGGCUCAUGCACCUGAAGUAAAGGAAUUUUGGAGACAGCACGGAAGUUUUGAACGUGCAGAUUUCUUGAGACCCAGAUCAGUGGCGGAAACCACUUUACAGAGUUUGCAGCUGAAAAAUUACAAUUUACUGUUAGAAAUAAAAGACGAUGUAUUAAAACUAAAGAUGGAUUUAUUGGAAAACACUUUUAAUUAUGUUAAACUUAUUAGUUGCUUAUUAGGUAUCUUGUUAGGUGUAAUUACUAUAAUUCUUUUUAUUAUCAAACUUAAAGAAAAAUAUAUCAUCAGUGCAUUAGAAAAUGAAAAUUGGGCAACUCUUAAUGAUAAAACUUGGGCCGAUUUGGUUGCCUUGUGUGUAGAGCGAGGAUUAAAUGCUGAAAGAGAUAAAACUUCUUUAAUCCAAAAUCUUUUAGAUUGG